AAGCAAGAACAAAGGAAAUUAGGGGCUGUUCUUACCGAAAAAUGCCCAGAAAUCACCCAUACCCACUAGCAGCCGGCGGUGGAGACAAGCAGAGCAAGGCAGAUCUGGAAUUUCCAGCAAAGGGGAAAGAAUUUCUGGGUUCUACAUGUGUUCUAGAGCAAGAAAAGAAGGAGAAAACCAAGCUUUCUCACUAGUUUCUCAAGCAUGGCUGGGUUCCACUUUUUUUUUCUUUCGAGUGGCUGCAGCGGGAAGAAAGGAGAAGAAGAGCAGAAUCGGGCAAGGCUGGGAAGAAAAGAAAGAAAGAAAAAGAAAAAGAAAAGAAGUCAUCCUUA